UCCUGGAGUCUGGGAGAGCCGGAGCGCGUCACCCCCCCUCUGCUGCGGUGAUCGUUCGCGUCCCGCCGGCCUAUUCCGGGUUGCCCCGCGCCGCUGUGGCCCCCGUGGAACCAUGGCCGGGCUCGUCGUGCUCCUGUCCUUGUCGGUGGCAGGUGUUUGGGGGAACGAGUUUAGUAUUUUACGGUCACCAGGAUCUGUUGUUUUUCGAGAUGGAAAUUGGCCUAUACCAGGAGAGCGGAUUCCAGAUGUGGCGGCAUUGUCCAUGGGCUUCUCUGUGAAAGAAGACCUUUCGUGGCCUGGUCUGGCAGUGGGGAACCUGUUUCAUCGUCCCCGGGCCACUGUAAUGGUGAUGGUGAAGGGAGUGGACAAACUUACCCUGCUCCCCAGUACUGUCAUUUCAUACCCUUUGGAGAAUGCAGUUCCUUUCAGCCUUGACAGUGUUGCAAAUGCCAUUCAUUCCUUAUUUUCUGAAGAAACUCCAGUGGUCUUGCAGUUGGCUCCCAGCGAAGAAAGAGUGUAUAUGGUGGGAAAGGCCAAUUCAGUGUUUGAAGACCUUUCGGUGACCUUGCGACAGCUCCACAGUCGCCUAUUUCAAGAAAACUCCGUUCUCAAUUCCCUUCCCCUCAAUUCUCUGAGUAGAAACAAUGAAGUGGAUUUGCUCUUUCUUUCGGAGCUGCAAGUGCUGCAUGAUAUUUCCAGUUUGUUGUCUCGACAUAAGCAUCUAGCCAAGGAUCAUUCUCCUGAUUUAUAUUCACUGGAGCUGGCAGGCUUGGAUGAAAUUGGGAAGCAUUAUGGAGAAGAGUCUCCACAGUUCCAAGAUGCAUCCAAGAUCCUGGCAGAUGCUCUACAAAAAUUUGCAGAUGACAUGUACAGCCUUUAUGGUGGCAAUGCAGUAGUAGAAUUAGUGACUGUCAGAGCUUUUGACACGUCCCUUGUGAGGAAGGCGAGGACCAUUCUUCAGCUGAAGGAUGAGAAAAAUGAAGUUUCUUACAACUUUGCAUAUAAGUAUAACAUUGAAUACGCAGUGAUUUUCAAUAUGGUCCUGUGGAUAAUGAUAGCCCUGGCCUUGGCCGUGAUUAUUACCUCCUACAACAUUUGGAACAUGGAUCCUGGAUAUGAAAGCAUCAUUUAUAGGAUGACAAACCAGAAGAUUCGAAUGGAUUGAACUUUCCACACACCAAACUCAGAAAAAGUUUGGAAUUUGCUAUUUUGUUAAAAAUUAAUCUCGUGUUGUUUAAAGUAGGUAACAUACUUUAAAUUUAUAUAAAAAAGGAAAAAUUUGUUCUCUAUUUUGUGUGUGCCUGUGCUGUUUUUUAGAGUGGAUUAGAGUAUUGAUGUAAACUGGUGUAUGUGAUAAUAGAUUCCAUAAUAUGCUUGAAUCUUAUGAUAACCAUUUGAUAUCAUUUCAUUCCAUUUACUAUUUGGAUGCACUGAAAUAAAUAUAAGAUAUUUAGAGUAGCUCAUGUUAUUUAUGUUGGGAAAAUGCACUGAAUUUGUUAGAGAAACUUGUGAAUAAUGACUUCCUUACACAGGCUAGGUGAAAAUAUUUGGGCAGUUAUCUUCUACAAACCAUUUAUGUUUGUCAUAAUUUGAUGUAAAUAUCUCUGAAAAAGGAGAACAUGUUUUUAACUUGGAGUAGCUUUAAAUGAUGAAAUGCUUAUUAUCUUGUUGCUUAGAUUUUGAUUUGCCAAUUUGGAUUUCUAAUUAAUUUGAAUUUCUAAUUGACAGAGAAGAGAGCUGUUUUUUAGUUUACUUUGAAAGUUUGGUGAUCCACUUGCUCUGGUGUAGAGAUGAAAAAUACUACAUAAAUCUAAGAGCAACUAGCUUUACAGAACUCUAUAUAUACAUAUAUACACUCACAUAUAUAUACAUAUGCUUGUAAUUAUAUAUACAAGACAAGUAUGGGGGCAUAAUAUUAGGGCAUGAGAAUAAAAUCGUUUUCUUUCAGCAGUUUUUCCCCUGUAUCAGUUAUGCUGAUUUGUGGUACAACCUUGCGCUUUAAGAUAUUAAGUGGAAGCCAAUGCUCCCUACUUUUCAUGUAGAAGUGGACCAAUGUCUGUCAAGAGUGACAAAUAAAGUUAAUUGUGAUUUUAAA